AUGGCGACCCCAAGUCCGGAGAAAGAAGACAAGACACCUGUUAACCCCUUGACACCAGACGGCUCAACGGAAUCCUCUGUAGACCCUGCGCCUCUGAAAGCUGGAGCGACUGCCGACUCACAGCAGCAAAACGAGGAGCCCCGCGAAUCCAUCGUGAGCUUGCCGGAGAGCCCUGGAGUCCAUCCCGAGGAAAGCAGGAGAGAUUCCAAUGCCACUCAAUCUCCUGUGUCUCCCACCAAGGCACAGGGAGCCGCGGGAGGAAGCUUGACAGAUGUGGCCGCUGAAGACAUAGAGACUACAUCCACAGAUCACAAACCAGACGUGUCAGCAAAGUCUCCCACCACGCUCAAGAUCAAAGCCACCGCACCAGGUAUUGGCGAAGUGAACUCAGUCAGGUCAGCCGAGUGGAUGGAGCAACAGGACCGUCUCAAUCAACCAGACGCUGAAAAGCUCCACGCAAAAGUCAGUGAGAAGGUCGCGCAAGAGGCGACGUCCCGAAAUUUCGAACAAAUCAUGGACGGAAACAUUGAUUGUCGACAAUCCUUUCGAGAUGCUGUGCCCAAGAGAUCUCUAAAGUCACGUUUACAGCCAAGUGACUCUUGGGUAGCAGUGUUGAAAGGCGCUGACCCUCGUUCAACGUUCCGCCGCGUUGCUUCAUCUGCAGUGUCGGCCUUGAAACCAAACACUGAUGCUAAGCCAUUGGAUACGCCCGAGAACGAAGACCUUCCCGAACCGACCCUCGUUCCUGAGCCACAAACCUGGCUGACAAAACUCAUCGCAGACUACCCAGGUGGUUUGGAAUACGACUUGGGAGCCCUACUCUACGUCUUCCUCUGGUUCAUUGUACUACCGUUCACAAUCGGCGUCUGCAUAAUCACGACUUCGAUUUAUUUCUAUCCAUCCUUUGAACCACCCUGCUCAUACCGUCCCGUGAGCACGCUCGCUACUCUCGGCUCCUCUUUCAACCUCCCAAACUUCUGCGAUUUGGGCGGAGACUACAUAACACCAAGCACCUCGCCCAUUGUCAUGGAUCCGCUAGGCAUCACACAAGCACUCGACUGGCCCAUCACAAUCCCCGACCUCAAAAGAUUCGACUACGCAGUCUCCAACCCAGCAAAACCUUUCACACCCAUCAGUGACAAUCUUCACCAAUCAGCUGCCUUCAUCGCUCAAGAUGCUCGCGUCAAGACAAUUUCCCAAUAUGCAACUAAACGUGUCGCCGCGACACAAACUCUGCAGAAAUCCACCACGGCUUUAGUGAGUCGGUACAACACCUUGAUCAAUGAUAUUCUCCAUUGGUCCAGCCGGGCACCUAAAGACAUGCAGACCCUCGCUCAAUCAUCUUAUGGAUUCUGGGAUACCGUGUCCCUUCUCUGGGGUCCUACAUUCGGAUUAAAGACUCCUCUAGGUUCCAUCAAAGAGAAAUUACGACUGCCCGUCGAGGAAUUAUUCAACCAUGUGAAAAAUCUUGCGGUGGAGACGAGGAGAACUUCUCAUGCAAUCAAGAUCGCGAAGAAUUCGAGAGUGGAAUUUCAUCGUGAAUUGGCUGAAGCGGAAGAAUUCUUCGUAGAUCGAUGUCUGAGUCGGAAUCUUUUGGGUUAUGAACGGCUCAGUGCGGCUGCGGCUUGUCAAGGGUGGGAUCCGAGGGUGAUUGAGAAGGCUUUGGUGAAGAUUGAGAAGCGGGAGGAUGUACUUUUCGAUGCCAUCCAGACUUAUGUUGAGGCGAUUGUGGGUUCUGUCAAGCCUUUGGGGAUGUUUUAUAAGCAGGUCUUGGAGGAGUUGGAGGGUGUCAAGAGUCGAACUUUUGGGGAUGUUACGUUUGAUACUUUGGAUUCCUUGAGGGCUUUUGUGGGGUCGUUUGAGGAGAGGAUUGGAGUUGCUGCGGGUGAUUUGGGGGAGAGGAUGAGUAGAGAAGUGAAGUGA